UUUCCGAUCGAAACCAAUUUCUACCCGCAGUUGAACAAACCUCUUACUAAUUUUGAAGAUUUGACCGAUUUGACAUUUCACUGCGGAAUAUUUUUUCACUGUGGUGAGUUCACGUUCACGUUCGAGUUCGAGUUCACAAGAACUGUAAACCGGGCUUUAGCUGCAAAUAUUUGAUGAGAAAAAUCAAUUCAAUAUGACUUAAGCGUGUGCUACGUGCUACCAGAAAAUGAGAUUAAAACACUUAAUCAUCCUAGUAGGAUUGAUUGGAAUUGUAUCCGGAAGAGUAGCCCAAACAAAACUUCCUCAAUCGAAUAAUAAAGCACCGAUAGUGUUGAGACAAGAUGUUGAGGAAUAUAACGAUAGUGACAAUGCAGUCGAUGGUAACGUUUCUGAGUCGAAUGCUGUCGAGGAAACGGAUGCCAGUGCCGAAGCAGCCAAUGUGAAUGUCGAAGAGGAAUCCAAUUCCGAGGACAAUCAAGUGUUACAAGAAAUAAAUCAGGUGCCACAGGAGGUGAGCAGUGAGGCUCCAGUAGUCAACGUAGACGACGCAAAUCCGAUAAAUCGUUACUGCAAAUGUACUACAUACGAAUGUAAUUGCUGUCGUGAUUUUGCCCUGCCGUUAAUACCGAUCAAGGGACCGGGGUGUGCGGCUGUGCAAUAUCUGGACGGAAAUCGAAUGUCUAUCGGAAUCAAAUUUGGUGACCGUGUGCUGGCCAAUCGUGUUAUCUCAGCAGGUAGAAAAGCGACUCCCGUCUGUAUGCCACUUCCAGGAGGGUUCAAUCGGUUUUGUGGUAGAAUCUACAGUAUCAGUCGCCGUUCAGAUGAUCAUUUCAAGGCAUGCCUGGGUCUGGAAUUGCGCGCCGAUAACGAAGUGGAAGCUGUCUUGAGAGUUUCAUGUUUCAAAUUCGGACCUCGAGGUCUAUCUGUAACUGAACCGGAGCCACUACCCCCAGUUGAAGAUGUCGAUGAUGAGGACGAAGAUGAUGAGGAUGAUGACGAAGAUGAAGGAGAUGAUCUUUUGGGAUCCUUGGGUUUAGGAGAAGAUGAUGAUGAAGAUGAAGAAGAGGACGAUGACGACGAUGAUGAUGAUGGAGCGGAGCAAGACGAACCAGAUACUCCUGCCUCCGAGGCUGGGUUCAGUCUUCUGGAAGGAGAUUUCCUGGGAGACCUUUUGGGUACAACUAGUCAAAAGAAAAAGAAAACAGCAAAUAAAGUUGAGGCAACCGUUGCGGCAACCAAAGCAGCUACCGAUAAGAAGAAAUCAAAGAAACAAGACUCAAGCGCGCCUGUUGUCCCGGAAGUUGUGAAGAAGAAUGCUACAGUCACGAAAACAAAGAAAAAAGAUGAAAACACUUCAGAUGACAUUACGGACAUCGUAGCCUCUCUCGUUUCUGGCGACGACGACGACAGUUCCGAAAAUGACGAAGAUGAUGAUGAUGAUGAAGACGAAGAAGACGAUGGGAUUUCAAAUGAAAAAGAUGGAGUUACCGAAGUAACUAAAACUCCAUCUAACGACGAAGAUGAAGAUGAAUAUGAGGAAAGCGGAGAAAAUGACGAGGCUGAUGAAAAACAAGAGAUUGAGGAGAAACAACCAAAACAACCUAAAUAUGCUUUCAGUUGGUCUAACCUAACCCGAUUAUUCCGAAUACUGUAGUUUGGUUUUCAAUAAGUACGAUUCAUAGGCACCAAGGCUGAAACGAAUUGGUGUAAGGUAUUUUAAUUUCAAAAAUUGAUCGCUGACGAACUGCAAUUGGAAAUAUGACAGUAAUAUAUAUAUACUGUAUACAGUAAUUGUUAGUGAUUGUAAUUCAAGUUUCAAAUGGGAUAGCCAUUGUGCAGAUGAAUCAGUACCUUGAAAUCGUACUAUAUCUAAUUAAGUGACGUUAACUAUUGAAGUGUGCUUGCGUUCAAAGUUGUAAAUCUGCAUCGAGUGACCGAAAUGUUUUCUCUAAAAAUUUAUUUAUUUAUUAAAUUAUUUAUUGAUUGAAAAAA